UGUCAAAAUCAUUCUACAGCCGAGCAAUACAGAUACGUGUUAGUAAAAUAUCUAAUUUAAUAAUUCAUUUGUCAUAAAUAGUUGGUGUGUAUGAAAAAAAAGCCAACGUUCAUUGAACAAUAUAAAUAGCUAGCUGCAUUCGAAUUGUACAGAAAAAGUGGUAUUGUUUAGUCAAAAAUGUCAUCAAAAUCGGGAAAUAAGAAGUUCAAAUGGGCACUUGAUUUCAAUACAAGAAGCCGCGGUAACGAUUUACCAUCGCCGCCUGGAUUCAAUCCAUCAGUGGGCCAAAGUCACAUGGAAGUCACGAUGGACACCGACCAAAGCCAUUUGAUUCUCAAAAAAUCAUGGGACAUCGCCCUAGGACCAAUCAAACAAGUACCAAUGAAUUUGCUGAUUAUGUACAUGUCGGGCAACUCAAUUUCGAUAUUUCCAAUAAUGAUGGUUGGCAUGAUGUUGGUUCGUCCAAUAAAGGCAAUCAUUGCAACACAAGCAACAUUCAAAGUAAUCGAAGGAACACAGGCAGCUGGACAAAAGAUAGUGUAUUUCUUAGGGAAUUUAGCGAAUGUUGCGUUAGCUGUUUACAAAUGUCAUAGUAUGGGAUUACUGCCGACACACGCGUCCGAUUGGCUGGCGUUUGUGGAAGCACAGACAAGGCUGGAGUAUGCAGACGGUGGUAUCUCACUAAUUUAAAACAUCCACACAAAUAGAAAGAACCAUUUUUUUUUGCAA